CCGGGCAUCCUGAUGAGUGAUGGCCCCCUAUUCUCCUAAGCAAGCUGUACAAAUAUGCCCUGUACACAUUUGCGCCAGCAGCAAACCAGUAGCACCAACGAAUCUCGCAAGCCACGGCUGCCUCGGUGGCUAACUAUACAAGUACGACUCCCCAGGACCCCAACGACCCAAUAGCUAGCAAACAAGAAACGAACACCCCAUACGAUUCCCACGGCUCUAGGCAGAGGAAGACCGGGAAGAAGAAGAAGAACACAUGGUGGAAUCGCCGUACCGUCUUCGGCAUCGCCGGCUGAUGGACACCGCGCCCGCAACGGCGAGCGGUGAUCCAGGACAUGGCGGCUCCAAUGGGAUGCCGAUCAUGGUCUCCAUCCUGGUGGUGGUCAUCAUCUGCACCCUCUUCUACUGCGUCUACUGCUGGAGAUGGAGGAAGCGCAACGCUGUGAAGAGGGCUCAUCUAGAGAGGCUGAGGCCACUCUCCAACUCGGACCUGCCGGUGAUGGACCUGUCCACCAUCGCCGCCGCCACCAACGGUUUCUCCAAGGAGAACAAGCUCGGCGAAGGCGGCUUCGGGCCCGUCUACAGGGGCGUGCUGGACGGCGGCGCGGAGAUCGCGGUGAAGCGGCUGUCGGCGCGGUCGCGGCAGGGCGCGGCGGAGUUCCGGAACGAGGUGGAGCUGAUCGCCAAGCUGCAGCACCGGAACCUGGUGAGGCUGCUGGGGUGCUGCGUGGACAAGGACGAGAAGAUGCUCGUCUACGAGUACCUCCCCAACCGGAGCCUCGACGCCUUCCUCUUCGGUACGAGAAAGACGGCGCACUUGGACUGGAAGAUGAGGCAGAGCAUCGUGGUGGGGAUCGCGCGCGGGCUGCUGUACCUCCACGAGGACUCGUGCCUCAAGAUCGUGCACAGGGACCUCAAGGCCAGCAACGUGCUCCUCGACAACAAGAUGAACCCCAAGAUCUCCGACUUCGGCAUGGCCAUGAUCUUCGAGGACGAGGAGAUCGAGGUUAUCAACACCGGCCACGUCGUCGGAACAUACGGGUACAUGGCGCCGGAGUACGCGAUGGGGGGCGUCUUCUCGGUGAAGUCGGACGUGUACAGCUUCGGGGUGCUGGUGCUGGAGAUCCUCAGCGGCCAGCGCAACGGCGCAAUGUACCUCCAGGAGCACCAGCACACGCUCAUCCAAGACGCAUGGAGGAUGUGGAGCGAGGACAAGGCGGCGGAGUUCAUGGACGCGUCGCUGGCCGGGUCGUACGCCAAGGAGGAGGCGUGGCGGUGCUACCACGCGGGCCUGCUGUGCGUGCAGGAGAGCCCGGAGCUCCGGCCGACCAUGUCCAGCGUGGUGCUGAUGCUCAUCGGCGACCAGGCGCAGCUGCCGGCGCCCGAGCAGCCGCCGCUGUUCGCGAGCCCGAAGAAGGCCCCGGCGUCGGACCAGUCCUCGCUGGCGGUGAGGUCCGAUACGACGUCCAAGACGCACUCCGUCAACGACGUGUCCAUCACCAUGAUCCAGCCACGAUAGGACCUCUCCUCCCUUCUUCUUUCUGUAUGUAAUCGUGCGGGAGUUCUUGAUAAGAUUCGUGGUGAUGGGCGAGAUGUCCAUGCACAAUGAUAGGGAUGAGAUUGGAAGAAGAACAAAAGGAUGUACGACAGCAUCGUCCAAAGAAAUCCAUGGGGAUUCUGUGAGCCUGGCGAGGUUGAAUUUUUUGUUCUCA